AUGACUUUAAUUAUUAGAUGUGUUGAUAUUACAAGAGUUCUAAUAAAAGUUGAAGAGUUUUUUUUAGACUUUUUAAUUGUAGAAGAUACAUCUGGUUUAGGACUUUUUAAUGUGUUACAAAAUGCUUUAAAAUCUCUUGAUUUGGAUAUAAAUUGUAUCCGAGGACAAGGAUUUGAUAAUGGAGCAAAUAUGAAAGACAAACAUCAAGGUGUACAAAAAAGAUUACUUGAUAUAAACUCAAAAGCUUUUUAUAUGCCUUUUGGAUGUCAUAGUUUAAACUUAGUUUUGUGUGAUAUGGCAAAUUCUUGUCAUAAAGCUAAAACUUUUUUUGGUACGUGUCAAACAAUAUAUAAUGGUUUUUCUAGCUCCACACAUAGAUGGAGUGUUUUACUUGAUCAUGUUGAUGAAUUAACCCUGAAAUCAUUAUCUACUACUCGUUGGGAAAGUCACAUUGAAAGUGUUAAAGCAAUAAAAAACUCAACUUUUUCAAAUAAAGAAGCAUUAACAAAAUUAGCUCAAGUGAGUGAUGAUGAAUUAAUUUGGGAAAACGGGUUUGACUCUGCUAUUAAUGAGGCUAAAGAAAUAGCAAAAAAUAUUGGAGUUGAACCAAAAUUUCCUAUCAAACGUGUUUAUAGUAGAAAAAAACAAUUUGAUGAAAUUCCAAAUAGCGAAAGAGAACAAAAAUCUUCUCAAGAAAAUUUUAAAACUGAUUAUUUUAUUGUUAUAGUAGAUAUGACUCUAAAUCAAUUGAGAAGUAGAUUUGAGCAAAUGCAACAUUUUAAAUCUAUUUUUGGAUUUUUGUUUGAUGGUUUAAAGUUAAAAUCUUUAUUUGAUGAUGAAUUAAAAAAAUGUUGUAAGAAACUUGAAACUAGUUUGACAAAUAGUGAGGACCUUGAUAUUGAUGGAAAAGAUUUAUUUAUUGAGUUACAAGUUUUGCAGGAAAUGUUGUCGGAUGAAGCAUACAAAGGUGAACUUCCUUGGACAGCCAUUCAAAUUAUGGCGUUUGCAAAGGAAAUGGACAUGUUUCCCAAUGUGUUGGUGGCAUAUAGGAUUUUGUUGACGGUAUCGGUCACGGUUGCUUCCGCGGAAAGAAGUUUUUCGAAAUUGAAGUUAUUGAAAUCAUAUCUUCGGAGUACCAUGACUAAAGAAAGAUUAAAUAGAUUAGUAAUUUUGAGUAUUGAAAGUAAAUUCCUACGAAGUCUUGAUUAUGAUAAAAUAAUAGAUGUUUUUGCUUCAAAAAAUGCAAGGAGGCAUCGUUUUCGAUAA